AUCAUUUUCUGUUCAAAAUAGGGUUAAAUUAACUAACAGGAAGUUUGUGGUAUAUUAAUAGCCAUUACUUUCAUCACAUUGUGCUAGGAUCCUUUCCACCCUUUACUUCUGCUAAAAAAAAAAAAAACAAAGAAAAAAUUUGAAUUGAGUUUAACUGAAAUCCAGUUUAACUGAAAUCCAGUGACCACCCUCCUGGUGGUCACUGGAUCUACGGUUGAGGUUUUGCUUCCCCCUUGUGGAGAAGGUGUGCACAGCAACACGCAGAGCACUCAUGACCUGCUAGCACUUGAGUGAGACUGUGAAGAAGACACCCAGUGGAUCUCAGACUGCCCAAAUAACUCAGCACGGUGCUAUUUUAUUUGUCUGGAGAAGAAUAGUUAAAUUAAUCUAGCCCUUUAUUCCAAAGCAUUCAUGGUAUCAGUCUACGUGCUGGCCAACCUAUUAUUAGUGGAUGACCCACUGUACCUCAAAGCCACACAAGGAGCUCUUAGCAUUAUUAAAAGACACAAGUAAUGCCAGUUAUCACAUGCGACUAAGAAAAAUCAGGUCUUUCUACCCGGUUGGUGUUAUUUUACUAUUAGGUUAUCUAUUCUUGCUUCUCCACUCGUAAAAGUUUGUAGUGUAAGUGGAGAUCCGACUCUGGAUCAGUAAUAUUUGAAAAAUAGUAAGUUCUAAUAUCAAAAUGUUAUUCUCUAUAUAUUAUGAGUCAUUAAAGUUGUUUUUGCAUAGCAUACAAUAACAGUGUCAACUUUUUUGGCAAAUUUUCAAACAUUACAUGCAAUAGCUGCUGCUGUUUUAUAGCUGUUAGACGUUUUAUGGAGGAAAAAAAUAUGUUUUAGUGUGUCAUUAUUCUAUGCUUUUUAAAAUAUUUUAGAUUUUUGGUUUUGGGUAGAGGCAGAAUCGUACAGUGUGCAUUUUUAAAUGAUAAAAAUUAAAAAGCUGUACAAUGAAUAUAUUAGUUAAAUUUAACAACAAAUUAAAUGUAAAAUUAAUUAAGCUUAAAAAAAAACGUAUGAGACUGGGCUUCGAUGUAGGUGGCGGUUUAAGGGUGGUGGUUGUGCAUCGACUGCCUGUAUUCGGUGAAAAACAUUACAGUAUUACUAUUUCCAUGUAAACUUAAGUUAACAAACAACCAAACUUAGACAACAAAACCCCACCCAGUUUGAUAAGGGCGCCUUCAUUGGCCCGCGCGUCUGUAAAUCCGUUCCCUCUUUAUUUGGCGCGCGCCAUUGGUCGGCGGUGACGACAAUCCUGAAACGUGCUCCCGCCCACCGAGCGGAUCAAGUUUGAAUGAACAGCAGCAGUCUGCUCUGGAGGUGGUAGUUGCAUUUGCAGUAAUUAUUAAAAGUGUGUAUCGUAUCACGGGGUGAGCCUUUCGAGGAUGGACAUGAAGAAAAGAAUUCACCUAGAGUUGCGGAACCGCACUCCGUCAGACGUCAAAGAACUAGUGCUAGACAACUGUCGCUCAAAUGAAGGCAAGAUCGAGGGUCUAACAGACGAGUUUGAGGAGCUGGAGUUUCUAAGCACAAUCAAUGUUGGUCUGACGACAGUUGCCCACUUGCCGAAGCUAAAUAAACUCAAAAAGCUUGAACUCAGCGAUAACAGGAUCUCAGGAGGGUUGGAAGUUCUGGCGGAGAAGUGCCCCAACCUCACACAUCUAAACCUCAGUGGCAACAAGAUUAAAGACCUCAGCACAAUAGAACCACUGAAAGAACUGGGGACCCUGAAAAGCCUAGAUCUGUUUAACUGUGAAGUGACAAACCUGAACGAAUACAGAGACAACGUGUUCAAGCUAUUACCCCAGCUCACGUACCUGGAUGGGUACGACAAAGAUGACAAAGAGGCACCCGAUUCUGAUGCUGAGGUCUAUGCAGAGGGCUUGGACGAUGAUGAGGAAGAUGAAGAUGAUGUAGAUGAUGAGGAGUAUGAUGAAGAUGCAGCACCGGGAGAUGAGGAGGAGGAGGAAGGAGAGGACGAGGAAGAGGAGAAUGAAGAAGAAGAAGAGGAAGACCUCAGUGGAGAGGAGGAAGAGGAGGAUGAUUUGAAUGACAGAGAGGUUGACGAUGAAGAUGAUGAAGAAGAGCGAGGUCAGAAGAGAAAAAGGGACCUGGAUGAAGAAGGGGAGGAAGAUGAUGACGAUUGAGAGUCUUCUUUAAGCUAAGUUGUGAACUGUUUUUAACUUGUAUCUCCCAGUCACUUCCCAACAGCCCCCAUGUAUUUUUUUCCCCUCAGUUUCAUAUUGCAGUAGGAGUGGGGUUUUUUGUUAUUGGCCAGUCAGGUAGACGGGUUUUCCUGAAGGGAAAGAAAAGGUUACAUUUGUGUACCUUUGACGCCCCCGUGUUCCAGUCUUUACUGUCCACUUUUAACUGCUUCGUGGACACCAGUUUUGUAAUAUCAAAUAAUAGCAAAUAUAAACCUUUUUGAGAGAUGUUUUUGUUUCCUCACUGUUUGUGUAAGACCAAUUUCUGAUGUAUUUUAAGACCGCCCCAAAAAGAAGAAAAAAAAAAGAUAAAAUCAAACAAAACAACAAGAAAAAAAAAAAAGAGUGCAUGUCUAAUACAUUUUAAAGUCAACUACUGGAUUCAUGUAUGGCUGUCCUCUCCUCGUCUUAAACUUAUUGUUAUUAUUUUUUAAUUGUAUUUCUUUUCUUCUUUUUUUUUCUUUUUAAUGUAAGUUAUGUGUUUGUAGUGUCA